UGAAACGCUGCCUGGCACUUACUAAUCACUAAAUUAAGCAGAUCGUGAUCUCUGCCUUUUCCGGGCCAGCGUUUAAAACCUUUCUCCAAGGGCGUCCCCAUUCCCUAACCGUCCCAUCCCUCCGGGCUCUGACUUUGAAGGAUGCUCCCAACUGUUAGGCCCCCAUCCAUCCCAGGCAAGAAUAGAAACCACCGCCUCCGGCCGCCCGCGGCCUCCCUCCCUCCCCCGGCAGCGAUCGAUGCGGCCUCAGCCGCGGGGGACGGGAACACAGGAAAGGAGGGGGCCGCGGGGCCUCCGCAGUAGAGAGGCGCAGCGGGGCCUCCGGGGCACAAAACAGCCCCAACGGCGCCUUUGGGGACAGGCGCGUUGGACUCCCUGAGGCCAGCACAGGUAGUAAGCCUCAGCUGGCCCCAUCCAUGGAGGAGUAUACCGAGGUUCCAAACAGCCACCACAGACAUCUGGCUUCCUAAACCCAAGCUUGUCCAGGAAUAAAGGAGAGGUGUCCUACACGAGCACCUUGUCGAUGCCACCAUCCCAUCGCUUCUAAAGCCCUUUAAGGGCAGCAGACCUACGCCAUGGUGAGCGAGUCCCCAGGGCUGGGCUCCCGGGUCCCCUGGAGGACAAGAGAUGAGGCCCUGCGUGUGAAUGUGGGCGGAGUGCGGCGGCUGCUGAGUGCCCGUGCCCUAGCACGCUUCCCUGGCACAAGGCUGGGCCGCCUACAGGCUGCGGCAUCGGAGGAGCAGGCGCGGCGCCUCUGCGACGAUUACGAUGCAGCAGCGCGCGAGUUCUACUUCGAUAGGCACCCGGGCUUCUUCCUCGGCCUCCUGCACUUCUACCGCACCGGCCACCUGCACGUGCUGGACGAGCUGUGCGUCUUCGCCUUCGGCCAGGAGGCCGACUACUGGGGCCUGGGCGAGAACGCACUGGCCACGUGCUGCCGUGCGCGCUACCUGGAGCGGCGCGUGACACGGCCUCGAGCCUGGGACGAGGACAGUGAUGCGCCAAGCAGCGUGGACCCAUGCCCCGACGAGAUCUCCGACGUGCAGCGGGAGUUGGCCAGCUACGGUGCAGCACGUUGCGGCCGCCUGCGUCGCCGCCUCUGGCUCACCAUGGAGAACCCCGGCUACUCGCUGCCCAGCAAACUCUUCAGCUGUGUGUCCAUCGGCGUGGUGCUCGCCUCCAUCGCUGCCAUGUGCAUCCAUAGCUUGCCAGAGUACCAAGCCCGGGAGGCAGCGGCUGCAGUGGCUGCAGUGGCUGCGGGGCGCAGCGUGGAGGAUGUGCGAGAUGACCCAGUGUUGCGCCGCCUCGAGUACUUCUGCAUCGCUUGGUUCAGCUUCGAGGUCUCAUCGCGGCUGCUGCUGGCUCCUAGCACGCGCAACUUUUUCUGCCACCCGCUCAAUCUCAUCGACAUUGUGUCGGUGCUGCCCUUCUAUCUCACACUGCUGGCUGGUGUGGCGCUUGGUGACCGGCGUGGAGCCAGUAGCGGAGAGGGGCUUGGAGACCUGAGCAAGGUGGUGCAAGUGUUCCGCCUCAUGCGCAUCUUCCGUGUGCUCAAGCUGGCACGCCACUCCACUGGGCUGCGCUCGCUGGGGGCCACGCUCAAGCACAGCUACCGUGAGGUGGGCAUCUUACUGCUGUACCUGGCCGUGGGUGUGUCAGUGUUCUCUGGUGUGGCCUACACCGCUGAAGAAGAAAAUGAAGGUUUUGACACAAUCCCCGCCUGCUGGUGGUGGGGCACCGUGAGCAUGACCACCGUGGGCUAUGGGGAUGUGGUGCCGGAGACUGUGGCUGGCAAGCUGGCGGCUUCAGGCUGCAUCCUGGGAGGCAUCUUGGUGGUAGCACUCCCCAUCACCAUCAUCUUCAACAAGUUUUCCCACUUCUACCGGCGCCAGAAGGCACUAGAGGCAGCAGUGCGGAGCAGCGGGCAGCGGGCGUUUGAGGACUUGCUGAGCAGCGUGGACGGGGUGUCAGAGGUGUCUCUGGAAACAUCCCAAGAGACUUCUCAGGAGGGGCGGUCUACAGACCUGGAGACCCAGGCCCCCAGUGAGCCUGCAAAACCUCAGAGUUAUUAAAACCAGGGAUCCACAUUCCCUCCCCACAGCCUCAGCAUCAACCAACAUAGAGCAGAGUCCCCGGCUUAAGUUCUGCAUGGGCGUCAUCUACCUGAGUAAGGGAACUGGGGGCUACAGAUCUUUCUAGAAAAGCCCAGGGCAGGAUAGUACUACCCUAUAUUCCACAAGCCCACAUAUCAACCUCCUUUGAAGCCGGUGUGCACCAGGAGGAAGAAGAGGAUGGUCUCUAUAUGAGCCCCUGUAGCCUUGUACUGGCAGACAACUAUUCCCAUUUCACAGAUGAAGGAACUGAAGCUCACCAAUGUCGCAGGGCUGCUGUGAAGAAGCUUUUAAAGUUAAGUCCCUGGAAGGAGCUGGGGCCGAGUCCUUAGGCAGUCUGUAGGAUCAAUAGCACAACCAUCUUCAGCUCUGCUUCUUAGGGCUGACUUAGAGAGCAAACCUGAACAGAGCCUUCUGGAACCUAGACCCAGCUCUACACCUGCUGUGGGAAAGGCAGCCAACCCCUGCUCCCAGAACCGGAACCUAACCCAUCGGUCACACGGACUUACAAGCAGCUCGGCUUUGAACAGCUGGUGGCAGAGGGCUGCUGUGCUUGCUCCUGUCCUGCUUGGGUUUUGUCAACUUGACUCGAGCUAAAGUUAUCUGGGAAGCGGAAGCUUAGCUGAGAAAACACCUCCAUUAGGAUCACCUGUAGGCAAGCCUGCGGGGCAGGAUCUUGAAUAAUAACUGAUAUGGGAGAGCCCAGCCUCCUGUGGGCGGUACCAUUCCUAGGCAAGUGGUCCCAGGUGUGUAAGCAAACUGAACAAGGCAUGAGAGCAAGUCAGUGAGCAGUGUUGCUCCAUGGCCUCUGCUUCAGCUCCUGCCCCCAGGUUCCUGCCUUGCCUUCUUCAUAG